AUGUCGUACGGAGGUCAACCAAGAAACCCUGACUCCCGGGAUCUCCCUCCCGGGUGGAUUGAGCAAUACGAUGCGAAUUACAACGCAUGGUUCUACGUGAACACGCGUGAAGACCCUCCCCGCCCGUCGUGGGUACACCCCCUCGGGCCGCCCUCGUCGUCGCCGCAUCACUACGCGGCACCCUCUGGGCCGCCCCCACCCGACCGUCGGAGCGCCAGUCCCUACUCCCCGAGCGGAUACAACCCGCCUGUGCGAUACGGCCAGGGCCCUCCCCCUCCUCAGCAACGAUACGACAGCUACACGCCUCAGUAUGGUGGUCCCAGCCCUGGCCGUAGCCCCGGUCCGGGCCCAGUGAGCCCGUAUGGUUCGCGCCCCCCCGUACAGCAACAGGACGAGCAGCGUGGUUGGUUGGGAGGACGCCCGCCCAUGAGCUCGCCGAUGCCACCGCCGGGCAUGGCCUCAGCGUCACAAGUCGAAGUUAUACAGGCGCCCCGCAAGAAGCAUCAUGGCAUCGGGACAGCCGUCGCCGCAGGCGGUGCUGGCUUACUUGGCGGCUUCCUACUGACGGAGGGUAUCGAGAAGUUUGAACACCACGAGCAGGAGGUCGGCUUCGAGCGAGGCGAACAGAUGGGCUUCGGCCAAGGCGAGAACAUGGGUUUCAACCAAGGCGAGCAGGUUGGUUUUAACCAGGGUGACCGCUUUGGGUUUGACCAGGGUGACCAGGUCGGGUUCGACCAAGGAUACCAAGAUGGCUUUGAUGACAACCGCUGGUAA